AUGCUUGAUCUAACUCUACGAGAGGAAAACGACGAACUUCGGAAUGCCCACCGGUCUCGCUUCGCACCUGAUCCUCACGAGACAGACGUAGCUGUUCAGCGCAUACUUGAGCUGGAAGAGACGGAGAACCAGCUCGAGCUCGAGAUUGCUACGCUCACCGCACGGUGCGAGCUCCUCCGCACGCAGAAAGAGCUGAGGGCGGCCCUUCUAUCCCCGUGGCGGCGCCUACCUGCGGAGCUCUGGGCGCAGAUCUUCACCGAUGCGUUGCCGGAAUACUGGGCAAACUCACGUGCUGGCAGACGCAGACUGCCCUUCGCCGAGGUGUGCCAUGCGUGGCGCGAGAUGGCCUUCGGUAUCCCGCACAUCUGGGACAACAUUCGGAUCCAUUCCAUACACAAUACACCCUGUUCGUACGAAAACGCCAUACGUUCCGAGAUCGAGAGGCUACCCGCACAGGCGGCCUUCAACCUCUCUCUUGAUAUGCAUCUAACGCCCGGCGACCUGAACGAGGGGCAGGAAGCCGACUUCGGAUGGAGCGACACCCUCUGGUUCUACCUCUGCACACAGUGCCAUCGCUGGCGAGAUGUGCAUCUCAUUGAACUACCUCGCCGGGCAUACAACUCGCUGCGCGGUCAUGUGUUCACCAGCAUGCGCCGCCUUUCCUUGGACCCAUACACCAUCUCAGACAACACGAUCACUGCCUUUGCCAACGCGCCACGCCUGACUUCCUUUUGGACCCUCCUCUACAGACCUUAUAAGGUGGAGCUGCCAGACUCCUGGACCCUCGUUGACCUGCAGAUCGAAUGCGGGUCCGAUGAGGAGGAAAUUUACCAGGAUGUAGUCCCGACUGUCAGCACUGUCCUCUCUUGUCGGCAGACGCUUCGAUCCUUGUCCCUUCUCGCAACGUCUACCCUUCCCCCGGAUUGCCUUGGAUUGUUACGUGCCGAGCUCCCCGUUCUGGAGGAGCUCGCGCUGGUAGAGGACGCGAUCGAUCUCGCUCCCCAUAUCCUCGCACCCAGCCUUCAAACGUUGACUUUGGUCGGGGACAUCACCGGCCCCGUAGACGAUCACUCAAGCACCUUCGAUAUAUUCUGCAGCUUCAUGGAUAACUGCGGUGGGCUGAAAAAGCUGCGCGCCCUCGCCCUCCUGGAUGUCGUGGUGGAUAACGAGCGGCUCGUCGAUCGCUUACGCCGACUCCCGUCCCUCAAAUUCCUGGAGGUCGGUGAAUACGCCAUGGAACUAUACGAUAAUGUUUCGCCCCCCAGCGAGCUGACGUCGCUGCUUCAUCGAAACGACUCCGCUGAUUCUAUCAGCCUCCUCCCCAACCUCUCUCACCUGGUCAUCGGCUUCUUCCAAACGCCGAGCCGCCAACGUUCGUCGUAUCGCGUGCUCUCCGUCGCCUUCAACGCUACCGUGCUCUCGAGGACGAAGGGGCGCUCGGGCUGCUCGUGCGCCACGUCGACGUCGACGCGCCCAAGUUUCGAGGUCGCCUUCCAGACGCACAGAGCCCUUGAAAGAUGCCCCUUUUCUCGUAGCGACCUAGACGACAGGGACUCCACCACAAACGUGUCGGAUCACCUCGUUCGCGUCACAGUUGGAGGCGGACUGUGCACGUCAAUGGCUGCGCGCCCCUCGGGCGGUGGUAUGGCUUUGGGUCGAUCUCGAGAGAUAGGUGCACCAGGACGAACGUCUAGCUUCAUCGUUUUGACGUUCAGCGUCGCCUCUGAGGACAAUACGCCCCGCAGAGAUGGCGUCGGCGCGUGUCACUGGUCGUACACGAUGCAGCGCGGCGCGCUCUUUCGCAAGCUUCCGUAUGCGUACGAUCCUUCUGCUUGUUGCAGGCCUGCGGCAGUCGGCGAUGCGAACGAGUUCCCUCCGUACUCGGAGCAUCAAUGCAACACCUACCCCGAAGGUAUGCGCGUCGCUGUUUGGCCGCGCAGGGAACCUUGUACAAUAUUGGCGGACGGUGGACAGUUUCAACAAAGCAAGAACGCCGUCUCGGAUCUCCGGCCCCACCCUUGCGUCCUCCACAACUAUAACGAAGAACGCGUCAUGGAGUACCGCUACUUCGUGAUCACGCUUCCCUAUGGCUUCAAGGUGCACCUGCGCACCGCGGUGUCUGGCACCCUCUCCAUCAUCCCUGGGCCCAACGUGGUCAGGACCAAGGAAGUGGCCGGUUUCCUGGAGGAUCGGAUACAAAUGGACAUCCAUAUGGGCAAGGAGCCCCAACAGCCCUUCCCAGUGCAGUUCAAAGACCCCACCGACGCAGCCCUGCCACACAAAUUGUUCGGGGAGGGGCUGAACCCGUCACGGCUGCGCAAGUUCGUCGCUCGAGACGGAUUGCGCGCGCACGAUUAUGCGUUCCCUGCCACCUAUCCUGCAGACGUCGACCCCAUGCCCGAAAUCAGACUGAUCCAUAACUGCUUCCCUGCCGUGCCCGAGUCUCACAUUCCCGACGCCCGCAACGUGGAGCUGAUGAGCGCAGCGGACUAUCUGGGUAUCUAUGAGAAAUCCCUGGAGUCGCGGGGGAAAGCACGGGACAUUGGACUCUGGGCCAUCCCGGGAAAGAUCCUUCGACGUCUCCUCGACCUUGGAUAUACCACCGAGGAGGAGUACGAAUCCCGGCUUACGGGCUGGGAUCACGCCUCGCUGGACCACUAUGAUAAACUCUGCCAGACCCGUCUCAGGUCCGGUAGGCAGGGCUAUCUACCAGAUGGGCAGCAUCCUUGGCGAAUCGUUGAAGCUCGCCCGCCGCAACUGCUACCAUCGCGCGAGGAGGUGGUUCCUCGCUACGAAGCGCUAACUCCCGAAAUGACGGCCAAUUUCAAGAGGAGGCUUCUUUACUUCUUCCCUCCAGCUGUAGUCGCCGAGGGCAAGGAUAUACAGUUCCUCGAGAGGGAGCUCAGGGCCGCUUGGAAUCGGGACGAUCAGGCAGCAGCUAAUCGCCUGCAAGCGCUUCUCAAGCCGUUGUACGACAAGAAGGAGAAAAGAAUGUUAGAGGACGCGGCGCGGACACGGCGAGAGAAACAGCGACAGCGACAACAACAACAGCAACGACAGCAGUGGCGACAGCAGCAACAACAACGACUACGACAACAACGACGACAACAACAACAACAACAACAACAACAACAGAUGGCUCAGGCGGUUUCCGGGAUGGGCACGGGCGAACUUGCGCUCGACGAAGCGCAGGCGGCUUCAAAUGCAGUUGGGGGCGAUGGCGAGGAGCCUCCGACGGAGCGCGUGCACCUAGGGGACUCGCAGCAAGACGAGAUGGUGGUCGACACCCCCGGCGCCGGUCCUAGCAGCGGCGUGCAACCGCCACCCGCUACUCAAGCCAGCGGUGCCGCCACGGGACCAGCUGUUUUGCCUCCCCCUCCCGCUCCUUCGACCCGUCCCGCGCGUCGUGGUCGUGGCCUUGGCCUGAUGCGCACGGAGACCUUCGAGAACGUCUUCGUGGCCAACGGUACCAACGAAAGGCGACAUCACAUGCGAACUACUCAUCGCUGGUUGGCCUCCCGGUCCUCCCCUUCCCCUCCCCCUGGUCCGCCGCCCCCCGCGGGCCCCAUUAUCGUCGAUGGCCCGAGGCUUCACGUCGCAGGACCUGAGGAGAUGGACAUGGGCGGCGAUACUACGGAUGAGGAAGACGACGACGCAGAAGUCGAGCAGACGGAGGCCCAGGAGGCCGAGGCCGAGAGGACAGACACCGAAGGGACGGAUAUGGAGGGGUCGGAAACAGAGACAGACAUGGAUGAAGAUUAG